UUUGAUCCUAACUUCUCUGAUCCUCCCCUUCUCCAGUGCCCCCUCUUACCGGCUGAUAAAGCAUAUUGUGUGGAGUCACUCUGCUCAUGCUCAUUUUGGUGUGCAUUGCUACAGAAGAGUGCAUGUGAUCAGCACUGUCCAGGCAGAGGUCAGGGGUCAUGCAACCUCCUAGAGCAGAAUGAAAACUCCUCCUGCAAGCUUUAACCAGUGCUCUGCUGAACACUGAUAGAAAUCACAAUUCUAACUGCUGAUGAGAAAAGGUAUUUAGCAGUUUGUAUUUACUAA